GGGGGUGUCAUGGCGGCGGCGCCGCUACUCCUGCUCCUGCUCGGGGCGGCGGCGGCCGCGGGCUGCGGGUAUCAGUCGUGCCCCCCCACCCGGCCCGACCUGCUGAACGUUCACCUGGUCCCACAUUCCCAUGACGACGUCGGCUGGCUCAAAACCGUGGACCAGUAUUACUAUGGAGUGCGGAACAGGGAGCAGCACGCGGGGGUCCAGUACAUCCUGGACUCAGUGGUGGCUGAGCUCGGGGCCGACCCCGCCCGGCGCUUCGUCUACGCUGAGGUGGCUUUUCUGUCCCGCUGGUGGGGACAGCAGGACAAGGCCACGCAGAGCAGGGUCAGGGACCUCGUCCAACAUGGCCAGCUGGAGUUCGUGGGGGGGGGCUGGUGCAUGAGUGAUGAGGCCACGACCCAUUACGGGGGGACCCUGGAGCAGAUGGGGCUUGGCCGGCGCUUCCUGCGCCGCCACUUCGGGGGCUGCGGGACCCCCCGCGUGGGCUGGCAGAUCGACCCCUUUGGGCACUCCCGGGAGAUGGCAGCUGAGUUUGCUCAGAUGGGGUACGAUGGGCUCUUCCUGGGCCGCGUGGACUACCAGGACAAGAUGGCUCGGGGGCAGCACCAGGAGCUGGAGCUGCUCUGGAGGGGGAGUUCGAGCCUGGACCCUCCCACAGCUGACAUCUUCACCGGAAUCCUGCCCAACAUGUACAACCCCCCCCCCGGGCUGUGCUGGGACCAGCUCUGCUCGGACCCCCCCGUGGUGGACGGGGAUGGCCCUGAGCGCAACGUGGACGAGGUGGUCUCAUCUUUCCUGCAGGCAGCGACCACUCAGGCUAGGCAGUACCGGACCAACCAUAUCAUCAUGACCAUGGGCUCCGACUUCCACUACGAGAAUGCCCAUCUGUGGUUCAAGAACCUGGACAAGCUCAUCGCCCACGUCAACGCCCGGCAAUCCAACGGGAGCCGCGUCCACGCCCUGUACUCGACCCCGUCCUGUUACCUGCAGGAGCUGCACCGCGCCAACCUCACCUGGCCCCUCAAGACAGACGAUUUCCUGCCGUACUCGGAUGGGCCCCACCAGUUCUGGGCCGGGUUCUUCUCCAGCCGCCCGGCCCUCAAGGGCUACGAGAGGCUCAGCCUGGGCUUCCUGCAGAUCUGCAGCCAGCUGGAGGCCCUGGUGGGGCCAGCAGCCCGGGAGGGUCCCCAAGGCUGUGGGGACAGCUCUGUGCUCCGCGAGGCCAUGGCCGUGGCCCAGCACCACGACGCUGUGACCGGCACCGAGAGGCAGCACGUGGCCAACGACUAUGCCCGGCAGCUCUCGGGGGGCUGGGCAAGCUGCCAGGUCCUGGUGGCCAAUGCUUUGUCCCUCCUGGGGCGCUCCAAGGACCCCCUGGUGUUCUGUGACGCCCUCAAUAUCAGCAUGUGCCCUCUCACUGAGACCUCCACCCACUUCACCGUGAUCCUCUACAACCCCCUUGCCCACCGCGUGUCGUGGCCCGUGCGGCUCCCAGUCAAUGGGACAUGUUACGAGGUGAUGGACCCCAGGGACCAACCUCUGCCCAGAGAGGUGGUCCCAGUGUCAGGGGUGACCCGCCGGCUCCAGGGCAGGGCUGGGGGGGCCCAGGGGGAGCUGCUCUUCCAGGCCUUUGCCCCCCCGCUGGGAUUCAGUACCUUCAGGGUCCAGCAGCUGAGCCGGGAGGGCCCCUUGGACCCCCCCAAAUGGGUCUCGGAGGAGUCAGGGCCGCUGGAGAUCCAGAAUGAGCACCUGCGGGUCCUGUUCGACCCCCUCACGGGGCACCUGAGGGAGAUCCAGAACCUGGACAAGGGGGUCUCCCUGCCCGUCUUCCAGAACUUCUUCUGGUAUGCAGCCAGUGCCGGGGAUGCCGCAAGCCCCCAGGCCUCAGGCGCCUACAUCUUCCGGCCCAGCUCCGGGCCCAUCCCAGUGGCCAAACACAUCUCCACAGCCCUGCUCAAGACACCGCUGGUGCAGGAGCUGCACCAGAACUUCUCCUCGUGGUGCUCCCAGGUCGUGCGGCUGCGCCCGGGGCAGCCCUUCCUGGAGCUCGAGUGGACUCUGGGGCCCAUCCCCGUGGGGGACAGCGUGGGGAAGGAGGUCAUCACGCGUUUCGAGACGCCGCUGGCCACGGCUGGGAGGUUCUUCACCGACUCCAACGGGCGCCAGAUCCUGGAGCGCAGGAGGGAUUACAGGCCCACAUGGAACCUGAGCCAGACGGAGCCAGUGGCUGGGAAUUAUUAUCCCGUGAACACCCGGAUCUUCAUCCAGGAUGAGAAGCUGCAGCUGUCGGUGCUCACAGAUCGCUCCCAGGGUGGGAGCAGCAUCCAGGAUGGGGCCCUAGAGCUCAUGGUGCACCGGCGGCUCCUGCACGAUGACGAGCGGGGAGUGGGGGAGGCCCUGGACGAGCCCCUGGUGGUCCGGGGGAGGCAUCUGGUGCUGCUGGACCCCGCGGGGGCUGCGCCUGAUGGGCACCGGGGCUGGGCACAGGAGCUGGUGACACCUCCCCACCUGGUCCUGGCACCAGGAGAGGGGCCUUAUCUGAGACAGUUCUCGGGGCUCCGCCGGGCACUGCCCCCGCACCUGCACCUGCUGACAGUGGCCCCGGGGGACGACACUGGGACUCUCCUGCUCCGCCUCGAGCACCUGUCAGAGCAAGGGGGGACAGAGACCCUCGACAUCACAACCCUGUUCUCAGCCUUCACCAUCACGGCCCUGCGGGAGAUGGCCCUGGGGGGGGAUGUCCCCCUUGAAUCCGUGUCCCGCCUGCUCUGGACCACAGCCACAGGCAUCCCAAAGCCCCCCAGAGUGCCCAGACUGGACCCACGCCGGGUGACGCUUGAGCCAAUGCAGAUUCGGACCUUCGAGGUCACCGUGCGGUACCCGGGGCCGGGGGGACCCUGAGCCACCCCCCUCGCACCCCCUACCCUCACCAAAAAGUGCAUUAAAGCCCCUGAGUUUUA